GAUACGGUGUUUGUGACAGUGCGCAGCCGCGGGUGCUGGCCGCCGGCCCUUUGGUGUUAGUGGUGCGCAGGCGCAGCUGCCGGCUGCCGGCGCUGGCUCGGGCGGGGACGGUUGGGCCAACAUGAAUUUCCUCCGUGGGGUAAUGGGCGGCCAGAGUGCCGGGCCACAGCCCAGCGGGGCCGAGACGGUUCAGAAGCUAUGUGACCGCGUUGCCUCUUCAACACUACUGGAGGAUCGCAGAGAUGCAGUCCGUGCACUCAAAGCAUUAUCCAAAAAAUAUCGCCUUGAAGUGGGCAGUCAGGCCAUGGAACACCUUGUUAAUGUGCUGCAGACAGACCGUUCAGACUCUGAAAUUAUUGGCUAUGCAUUGGAUACUCUUUGCAAUCUGAUCUCCAAUGAGGUUGAAGAGGAGGAGCCAGAUGAAUCUGAAGAGGAGAAUGUUCAGAAGACCAGUUCUGAAGACCUGGCUGGGCAGUUUGCAGAGAUUUAUAUCAAACAACAAGAAAAUCUUACCUUGCUGUUAUCCUUGUUAGAGGAAUUUGAUUUUCAUGUGCGCUGGCCUGCAGUAAAACUUCUAACUGCACUUUUAAAAAAUCAAGGCCCACAAGUUCAACAGAUUAUCCUUGUCAGCCCAAUGGGUGUAUCCAAGAUGAUGGAUUUGCUUGCAGAUUCGAGAGAAGUAAUUCGCAAUGAUGGUCUCCUUUUGCUCCAGCAAUUAACGAAAGCUAAUGCAGCCAUUCAGAAGAUUGUAGCUUUUGAAAAUGCCUUUGAACGCCUGCUGGAUAUUAUCACUGAAGAGGGGAUGAGUGAUGGAGACCUGUGGAAAGACACCAAUAGUGUAGCUAGAUUUAAUAACGAAUGGCAGAUGAAAUAUUGUCGCCUGAGACCCGGUUCAUACAUUCAACGCACAAAACCUUGGUUUGAGGUUGCUGAAGAUAAUUCGGGUUGGUCUGCACAGAAAGUAACAAAUCUUCACCUGAUGCUGCAGCUGGUGAGAGUGCUGGUGUCUCCUGUGAAUCCUCCUGGUGCUACAAGCAGUUGCCAGAAGUCAGCAUUCCAAUGUGGUUUGUUACAGCAGUUGUGCACCAUCCUGAUGGCAACUGGAGUUCCUGCUGAUAUUCUCACUGAGACCAUUAACACAGUAUCUGAAGUUAUCAGAGGGUCCCAGGUAAACCAGGAUUAUUUUGCUUCUGUGAAUGCACCUUCCAAUCCACCAAGGCCUGCAAUUGUAGUCCUUCUGAUGUCCAUGGUGAAUGAAAGGCAGCCAUUUGUCCUGCGUUGUGCGGUGCUGUACUGUUUCCAAUGUUUCUUGUACAAAAACCAAAAAGGCCAAGCAGAGAUUGUUGCCACACUUCUGCCAGCAACUAUUGAUGCCAAUUCGAUCUCGGCUGGCCAGCUGCUAUGUGGGGGCCUCUUCUCUACAGAUUCCCUCUCUAACUGGUGUGCUGCUGUAGCAUUGGCACAUGCUCUGCAGGAUAACUCCAUCCAAAAGGAACAGCUGCUCAGGGUACAGCUGGCAACCAGCCUUGGCAAUCCUCCUGUCUCCCUGCUCCAACAGUGUACCAACAUCCUGUCUCAGGGAGAUAAGAUCAACAGACGGGGAAGCAAGGAGCAAACACGGGUUGGCCUACUGAUGUUGCUGUCUACGUGGAUGACCAACUGUCCUAUUGCUGUGACUCACUUCUUGCACAACCAAACCAAUGUUCCUUUUUUAACGGCACAGAUAUCGGAGAACCUUGGGGAAGAGGAACAACUUGUGCAAGGUCUCUGUGCCCUUCUACUGGGCAUCUGCAUCUACUACAAUGAGAACUCUCUGGAGAACUACACUAAGGAAAAGCUAAAGCAACUCAUAGAGAAGAGAAUUGGAAAAGAAAUUUUCAUUGAGAAGUUGGCUUACAUCAGCAAGCAUGAGCUUUACUCUCGAGCUGGUCAGAAACCCCAGCCCAGCUACAACAGUCCAGAGCAAAUGCUGUUUGAUCACGACUUCACCAAAUUAGUUAAAGAAUUAGAAGUUCUUAUAACAAAGGCUGUCCAAAAAUCAAGUGAGGAUGAGAAGAAGGAAGAGGAAGUGAAGAAGUCUUUGGAGCAACAUGACAGUAUAGUCAAUCAAUACAAGGAACUUAUCCGUGAACAGGAUCUGCAACUGAAUGAAUUGAAGAAACAAGUAACUGCCUUGACCAAUCAGAACGAGCACAGUCAAACCACAAUAACGCAGCAAGCGUCACAGAUUCAGCAACUGCGUGACCAGUACAAUCUUCUCAAAGUACAAGGUAAACCACUAGACAGCCAACAUCACAUUCACAAUGAGGCAGCUCAGAUCAAUGGUAUUCAACCUAAAGACACCGAAGAAAUUGGAAGGUUGCAAGAAGAGAUUGAAGAACUGAAGAAGCAGCAUAAUGUAUUAGAAGGACAGCUGGCUGAAAAGGAGUUGGAGAUUAAUAAAUUGAGGGCUGCUCAGUCAACAGGAAACCUAGCUGAAGUUGGCACAGAAAUUGCUGGUGACCAACCAACUGAUCAGCACAAGCUUGUGGGCACAGCAGAAGCAUUGGUGAGGGAUAAUGACAGUGAUUCUGCAGCAACGAAGACUGCACAGCUUGAAAACAGACUAUCAGUAUUGGAUGAUGAAAAUAAAAUGUUAAAGGAUCAGUUAAAGAUGUUGACAGAGGAGAAAAAGUCCCUUGAUCAACAGCUUGCCUCGACAAACAGUACAAUAGCCAUUCUUGAAACUGACAAGAGAAAGCUCCAACAAGAGGUGACAGAGUCUAAGAAGGAGCAGGAUGAUCUAUUGGUACUUCUCGCAGACCAAGACCAGAAAAUCUUUGGAUUUAAGAAUAGGCUCAAAGAGCUUGGAGAACCAGUUGAGGAUGAAGAUGACCUGGAGUCUGCUGACCAAGAAGAUGAUGAUGAUGAUGAUGAUGAUGAUCCAAACUAAUUGCAUAACGAUGAUAUACAGACAGAAUAAGGAAAUAAAAUGUAAAGAAGGUCAAAGCUUCUAUUACCACAAUGCAGAAUGGCGAAAGAGUUCAGAAUGUUUUGUUUUUUUUCUUUUUGGAAGGGGGCUUUGAAAUUAGUUUAAUUGUAUCU